UUCGUUUCACCAUUCCUUGAAAUGGGAAAACAACAAAACGAUAAUCGCACAUGAAAGAGAAGCUAAUCUAAGGUUGACGGACCCCUCCCUUCCUUUGUAAUCUCCUUUUUCUUGUUUCCCUAUAUCCACAUUAUCCAUGUGCAAAAGUAUGGUUCCAGUUGGCUGCAGAGCUUGGCUUAGCGAGCAGCAUGACUGCGGCCUCAUGGCUUUAAGUGGUACAUGACGCAGCAAUGGCCUGGUAGCUUGGGCCUGCCCGUAUUGACUGGACCAGCCUUCCUAUUGCAGGUAUCCCCUUCCACAGGCCUGUGUGAAGCCAGGACGCAGGGCAAUGACGAGGCGCACUGUGCGGAAGACAAGACGGAGACCAGCGACCGGACUCACCCAAGACGGCUUUUGUUCCUGGAUGUCGAUGGGGUCUUGCACCCGCUGAAGGUUCGAUUGAUGGGGGAGCAGAAUCAGGUUGAUGCAAAGUACUGCUUCAAGACCAGUUGCAUGGAAGAGCUGCGACGAGUGGUUCUGGAAAGCCAGGCGGAGUUGGUGAUUUCUUCGUCGUGGCGCCAGUUUGAGAGCACCCGGCAAGUUCUGAUGGAACACCUGGGCCAAUAUGGGCUUCUCGUUGGAGACUGGACCACUGUUGCGGGCGGUGAAUCCAAUGAAGCGCGCGUGGAUCAGAUUUUAUCCUAUGUGACUGCGCUGGACGUAGCAUCCUGGGCAGUGGUCGAUGACGAAGAUUUGGCUCCAAAAGAUGCUGCUUCUUCGGAGGGCAUGAUGAAAGCUUUAUUCCGGCAGCAUUUUGUCCGCACAGAGGCAUCAAAAGGACUGGACCGAGUGGCGGGAGACUUGCUCAUAGAGCUUCUGGCAGAGUGAGUGCUUUUCCCUGGACUUUGCUGUCAACACUAACAGACUGACAGAGCGCGUUGACAAUUUCACUUCAAUACUUGAAGUGUUGGAACAACUGUGGGCAACCAAGCUGAAGAAGGAAUGGGUGAGCUACGAAGGCUGAACGCGCGUGCUUUGGAGUCGGCUCACGUGGCGAAGGGCUGGUAGUAGCGAUGGCCUCCAACCUACUAGCAUCAUGUGACGCACGGGAAAAGCUGUGCGUUGAAAAGAAGCAUAGGCAUAUGUUAUCAAAGGCUGCCGCUGCAGUUUGACUGGAACUUUGCUCAAGUGUCUUCCAGGGACAAGGAGAGAAGGCCUGUGAGAUCAAGCAACGUUCAUCUCAGGUUUGCGCAUUCCUCAAAUGCUGGCGUACGCAGGCUCACAGCAUCAAGCAGUGAUGAGAUCCUUUGUCAAGUGGAGGCGCAGCAGUGCGCCCCUAGAGAGUUUGUGCGAUCUUUUGGUUUGACCACCAAGUACAUGAGGAUGAGCAAAGUGACA